AGUGCCCUGUCCCCAUAAUCAAACUCUCGUGAGACCCAGAACGAACGCUCGGGGUUUUCCGCCUUUCCGCACCGACAUCACAAAUGGACAACCGCAAAGCUCCAAAGCUCGAUUUGCCUUGAUCUUAUCGUCAACCACAUUUAUAUUCCCUCCAGGGCUCGUCAAUGACUGCAACAGGGAAAUUCCCCUCGCAGUUAGUCCAUACCCUCAAGACACAUCAUGGACCCGUGAACGCGGUGACAUUUUCAGGUGGCCCUGGGACCUACAUACUGACAGGGUCCACUGAUCGCGCCGUGCAUCUCUCCCGUGCAAUCCCAAAUAACAACAAUACUUCUUCCGUUGUCGAGACGACGUCGCCGAUCCAAAAGUACGAGGCACACGGGUACUCGGUGCUAGACAUUGCGGUUGCGUCGGAUAAUUCGAAAUUUGCGAGCGUUGGCGGCGAUCGGCAGGUGUUUCUAUGGGAUGUUGAACAGGGUAUCACUGUGAGGCGCUGGGGUGGACAUAACGCGAGGGUGGAAGCGGUACAGUUUGCUGGGGAGGACGAUGCGGUUGUUGUAUCCGGCAGCGCUGAUACUACGAUCAAUAUUUGGGAUGGCCGCUCAAAUUCCCAUAAGCCGAUUCAGACUCUGAGCGAGGCUGGUGACACCGUCUCCUCAUUACAUGUGCAUGCACCAACCUACUCAAUCGCGAGCGGCAGCUAUGAUGGACGCGCGCGGGUCUACGAUAUCCGCAUGGGCAGGACGACGGUGGAUGUUCUCGGGAAUCCAGUUACAAGCGUGCGGUGCUCAGCAGACGGGAAUGCGCUUUUGACGUCUACUCUCGACAGUCGAAUCCGAUUGUUGGAUCGCGAUGACGGAAAGUUGUUGAAGUCAUUUGGACAGGAGGAUACCGCCCAAAAUACCGCUCAAAACACACCUCUCAAAUUGGGGAAAGCAACCGGUUAUAGAAACGUGGAGCUGCGCAUUCGGUCCGUAUUCGCGAAGGCUGACGCUAUUGUCCUCAGCGGUAGCGAGUCUAACAAGGAUGAUCGCUUCGCGCAAGCACAUAUUUUUACCUGGGACGUCCUGAGUGGAGAUCUCAUUGCGUCCAUUCCAGCAGGAGAGAAAGUCAAAGCCGUCAGCGACGUAGCGUGGAAUGAGAAGGCAAAGUGUUGGGCUGGCGGAUGCUCCGAUGGAACCGUCAAAGUCUAUCGGUAAACAUCCUCACUGAUAAGACUUGGACGCUUAAACACGGAGGUUGGCUGGCUCAAGAGACUCGCCACCGGAAAUCCACGGGCCUCCUUCCAAAACUGAAAUCCAAUGCGCAUGCGACAAUCCUU